GCCUUAACAAGCAAGUGAAAAGAUUUAAAUAUAGCUAGUGACUCGCCAAACGGAAUGUGCUGAACAUCAUGAAUCUUCUUCUAUCCGCAAUUGAUAUCAUAACAUUCAUUACGAUACCCCUCUUCCUUCCUGGUUAGCCUUGAUAAAUUUCUAAAUGCCUUUUUCCAUUCAAGAGAUCUGUGAUCGUCUCGAAAUCAAUGAGAUUUACGCACGCUAUGUCCAUGCGGCAGAUGAGAAGGAUUUCGGAUCUCUGGAUCGGGUUUUCCUGCCACAUACAAUGUUCGAUUGGACUGCAUGUGGUGGGGGCAAGAUGACCUAUGAAGAAGCCAAGCAGGGACCAGUUCUUUACUGGAAAGCUGUUCCCUUGGUCGUUUCAUAUCUAUGCAAACCCUCUCAUUGAAUUUUCGGGUGAUCGGAUGGCAGCAACAGUUAAGGUCAAGGCAAUCAACCCCAGCGGUCUUCAUGACGACCGAGACGAACCAAUGAUGUUCCAAACUCAAGGGACCUACAUCGACACACUGGAGAAGACUGUACUCGGGUGGCGGAUAACGAAUCGGGUCUGGAAAGAAUCCUUCAUUGUGGGACCCUUGAAGAAAGUUGAUGGUAUCCCUGGCAUGUUGAACGUUGCCGGAAGACCUCCCCACGAUUGAAUUUGUGAAUGAUUGCUCGAGACACUGCCGGGCAGACUAUUACCAUGUAUUUAAUUGCAUGCGGGUC